AACAAAUAUCCACAGAAGACAAUCAAAUGCUGGUGGCACCAUUUACUGAGGAACAGGUGAAGCAAACGAUAUGGGAAUGUGACAGUAAUAAAGCUCCGGGGCCAGAUGGUUUUCAUUUUGGCUUUUUAAAAGCCAUGUGGAGCGAAAUAAAGAAGGAGAUAUUGAAUUUUGUGACAGAGUUCCAAGUUAACGGGAGAAUGGUAAGAGGGUUGAAUGCUGCUUUUAUUGUAAUGAUUCCCAAAAAAGAGAAUCCCCAGAAAAUUGAAGACUUUAGGCCUAUCUCAUUGAUAGGUAGCAUGUACAAGAUCAUUGCUAAGUUGCUUGCCAACCAUCUGAAAAGGAUUUUGGGUAACAUCAUUGGUGAAGAGCAGUUUGCUUUUGUUGGGGAUAGACCACUGAUGGAUGGGGUUCUAAUUGCCAAUGAAGUUGUUGAAGUGAUGCUGAAUAUAAUGGGUUUUUGCGAGACUUGGAAUCUAUGGAUUCGUGAAUGCCUCAAGACAAGUAUGGUGUCUGUACUAGUGAAUGGAAGUGCUACUAGGGAGUUUGGAAUGAGCCGUGGUUUGCGACAAGGAGACCCAUUAUCACCUUUUCUAUUCCUUAUAGUUGCUGAGGGCUUGAAUGGGAUAAUUUCAAGUGCAAAACAGAAAAAUAUGUUCAAGGGUGUAUCAAUUGGAGGUAGGGGCUUGAUUGUUUCUCAUUUGCAAUUUGCGGAUGAUACUGUGAUAAUUGGGGAUGCAACUGAGAGGAAUGUGUGGGCAGUCAAAGCUAUGAUGAGAACCUUUGAGCUUGUUUCGGGACUUAGGAUCAAUUAUAGCAAGAGCCAAUUACUUAGCAUAAAUGUCGAAAAGGAUUGGAGGGAAAGAAUGGCAGACUUGCCAAACUGCACUGUGGGGGAGUUUCCUUUUAAAUACUUGGGUAUACCAGUUGGUGGGAAUCUGAGAAGGCUAGCUAUAUGGUGCCCACUAAUGGAGAGAUGUAGAAACAGGUUGUCAUUGUGGAAUGGUCAGUUCUUGUCCUUUGGAGGUAGAAUCGCUCUUAUUAACUCCAUGCUUUCAAGCCUACCUGUGUUUCUCUUAUCAAUGUAUAAAAUUCCAAGAGGGGUCAUUGAGGAAAUAGAUACAAUUCGUAGGAGAUUCUUAUGGGGGGAAGUGAGAACAAGAAGAAAGUGGCGUGGGUGUGUUGGGAAAAUGUGUGUAGACUGUAGAGAUAAGAAUGAAGGUGGGCUAGGUAUAAAAAACUUGAGGUGGUUUAAUUUAGCAUUGUUAGGAAAAUGGCGGAAUAGGUUGUUGGUAGGGGGUAAUGAACUAUGGAAGAGGGUGUUGAGAGAAAAAUAUGUGGAUAAUGAGGGAGAUUGGAUGAAACGGCUAUGUCAAAGUAAAAGAGCAAGGUCGACUUGGUGGCAAGACAUAUGCAACAUUAAUAAUGGGUGCCUUCAUAAGAAAGAGUGGUUAGGCAAAGGGUUUAAAAGGGUGAUAGGUGAGGGGAAAAUUACUAGUUUCUGGAAGGAUGUCUGGGUAGGGGAGCAGGAACUAAUGAAAAUAUUGCCUAGACUUUUUUCUUUAUCUACAGGAAAGAACAAUUCAAUUCAUGGCAUGGGCACUUGGUCGAAUGGCAAAUGGAGAUGGACUUUCUUUUGGAGAAGACAACUCUACGAAUGGGAAAAAGAAUUAGAAGAAGCCUUGCUAAAGAUGCUGGAACAUGUACAACCAGUGGAGGGAAAAAAAGACAAAUGGCAAUGGCAUUAUGAUAAGGAAGGCAAAUAUAAAGUGAAAGAUGUGUACAACUUCCUACAGCCAACUAAUAGUGUCAAGGAAACAUGCUUCUUUAAGAAAACUUGGAAUGCUUUGGUUCCACUAAAAGUUUGUGGGUUCUCUUGGCAAUUGCUACAAAACAGGAUUCCAACUAAGAAAAAUUUGAGGAAUAGAGACAUUACCAUAAGAGAUAAUUCAUGCAAAAAUGUGUUUCACCAACAUUAUCUAUUUGGAGGAACAAAAGAGGAGAGGAAAGCAUGGGAUGUACUUUGGUUUGCUAUCAUUUGGUCUCUAUGGUUGCAUAGGAAUGGGCUGAUUUUCAAGGAUUUAGACGUGGAGGAAAAUGGACUCCUGGAAAUGGUACAAAUGAGAUCAUAUCAGUGGAUCAGAAGCAAAACAAAGUUUUGUGCUUUUUCAUUUCCAGAGUGGCAGCUGAAUCCGAAGGAAUGCAUCAAAGCCUUGCAACUAUGACAGGUUUGUUGAUGAAGGGGAUGUUUUCUGAGUUUUAAUGGCUGGUUUUUCAUUUAAAGAUUCCACAAGGUCUAUGUUUUCUAAGUUGCCCACAGUAAGGAAAGAAAGCAAUUGAUGUUUAUGGGUUGGGAGUAUCUUUUAUACUCCAUUUGAAUAAAAAUUUUUGCUGUUC